ACCAGAUGCGGCCUUCAAUUGCUUACAUUCUAAAUAAGACAAAUCCAAGAUCUGUUGUUACCCUUAUUACAAGUGCUGAUGACGCUUUUCAAUAUUUUUUCAUGUCACUUGGUCCUUGGAGAGAUGCGUGGCAUUAUUGUAGGCACGUGCUCAUUUGGAUUGGUCAUUCAUGAAAUCAUAUUAUAAAGGCACCUUGUUGACACCUUGUGCUCAGGAUGCAAAUAAUCAAAUUGUUCCUAUAGCUUUUUGUAUAUGUGAGUCUGAAAGUAAAGCAACGUGGCGGUGGUUCGUAUCGAAGGUUGGUUCAUGUAUUCAAUAUCGUUCUGACAUGUAUAUCUUAUCUGAUAGGCAUAAAGGGAUUCUUAUUGUUGUUCGUAAAAUAUUUCCACAUGCUGGUCAUGGCUUCUGUGUUGAACACUUACGCCACAAUAUGACAUCGAAAUUCAGAGGCUCUGCAAAAGAUUUGGGUUGGAAAUUUAAAGCUGCAUAUUCGGCUUCAACUGUGAAACGGAAAUGUAGACGCUUUGUGGUCAACCUCAAUUCAAGAAUAUGCAUUUGUGGGCAGUUUCAAUUAGAUCAGUUUGUGUGUCUUCAUGAUGUGGCUGCAAUUGGUUCACGCCCUCGUUUAUCCUGUUACAAUUACAUAUCCUCUUAUUACACAAGAGAACAAUUGUUGGCAACUUGGAGUGGUAUAAUGCACCCAAUUGGAGAUCCUGAAGAUUGGGUCAUUCCUUCUGAUGUUUCAAGUACUAUUUGCAAGCCUCCUACCUAUUUGAAGCGACCACCGGGGCGUCCAAAAAAGUCCAGAAUCCCAUCAAUUGGAGAACAUGUCCGUUCCAAACGUCGGAAGUGUUCUCGCUGCAAAAUUUUUGGCCACAAUAAGAAGACUUGCCGUAAUGCUCUUCCAGUUGAUACAAAUUGAUUUCCUUUACAUAGUUUUUAGAGUCCUCUAGUUUUUAUUUAUCGCCAG